CUUUGCACCACUGUUUACCUUCUUCCUCUUGCUCUCUUCUUACUUUCGGUUCCUGUCGUCUGGCAAAUAGAUUUAGCUUAAUUUUUUUUUUUCAAAAUGUCUUUAAGUCAAGAACAGGCUGGCAAAAGAAUGGAUAAGUUGAUAACAAGCUCUAUCACACAAGUCGGUACAAGUUUAGCUUGGGGCUUAGUUGCAUCUUUAAUAUUUUUCAAAAGAAAAAGCUGGCCCGUCAUUGUUGGUGGUGGUUUUGGUGUAGGAGCAGCAUUUGCAGAUAUUUCAAACGAAGCCAACCUCAACUCAUAGAAGAUAAGAGAUAGUAGAGUAUUAAGCCAAAUUGAAGUCAUUAGUGUGGCCUCUUCCUUUAAUGCACUGUAGAUGUCAAAAUCUUGAGAUUUUGUGCUACACCAUUUGCUCACUGUCUGGUGAUAUCUUCCUCCUGCACUUUGUGAAGAGAAAAUGGUAGCUGUGAUGCUCAGAGAUUGAACUCUUGUAAGAUUUAAAUGUUUUAUGGUAAUUGUUGUUACAAAUUUUCGGCUGCUAACAUGUAAAUCAACAUUAAUAAUAAAAGUUAUAUUUUGUUUGAAAA